ACGUUUCAUGAAUGAGAAGGUCUAUAUUUUCGUGGACUUGUGGGUAAUGGAUAUUGUUUGUUAGUCUACGACAAAAUGACAUACUAUUCAGUGUUUGUAGACAAACUUAUGUAUGUUGUAAGAGACGGUGGUAACUCAGCCGUCCAUCAUGAUGAUCCGGUGGAAGGUUUCGAUCGGUUUGAAGUGCUGAUCGACCUUACGGAGGAGCCUUCCGAUCGUCCUGUGUACACCGAGGCUGAGGUGGAAGCGAGACUGGCUCCUCUUGGUGUCUUCACCCGUGACGUUUCUCCAGUGAUAGACUGGAAUACUGAGAUUGUCGGGGUCCCCACUCUCUCAACUGAGGAGUCGGUUAACGGGAUGUUGAAUUCCUGCGGUUUAGCGAACUUCGGGAUUACUUUUAUAAUCCCCAGGCCAGCUGAUCGCCCAUGCAAUCCCCCCAGGGAUUACAUUUGCUUGUACGAGGCGUACUUUAGGCAAUGUCACAUGUGGUUUCCAAUUCCAACUUUGCUGAUUUCAUUCAUCCAUCACCGUCAUCUGGCGAUCUUGCAACUGACUCCGGCGGCGAUCUGCAACUUCGUCGGGGCUCUUACCUUUGGCGCUGAGGGAGGUUACCAGGUGAACCUUCGCUGCUUUGAGGAAAUGACAAUGCUAAAAGCCGGAAGGUCGCCGGGCACCUGGGUCGUGAAUAAUCGGCCUAAUCAUAAAUUUAUGCCCGGAGAUAAAGUCAGCAACUUCAAGAGUUGGGAGCGUCACUACUUCUUCGUCCGCUCCGACAUCAAAUCAUCUGAGGCUCCUGCUCGCCACAAACCUAGCCGAGAGUUCCCUGCCAAGUACGAGGAAGUCAGGUCGGCUAUCUUCCGUGUGCAGAACCGAACUUGGAAGGGCGUCACCAAGGAGAGAGUCGCCCGAAUAAUGGGAAGAGUGAGGAAGAGUUUUGUUAGUUUUGCAGCACGGCUGCGGGGUUCGCCGCUUCCUCUGGCUCAUGCCUCGGAGGGGGGUCCUUCUGCCCAGGACCCUAUAAAUACUUCAGUCCCGGAGUUGCCUGAGGUAAACGGCGGUUCAGCUGAAGACGAUCUCGUUCCAGUAGAGACUGAGAUCGCUGAACAUACGGAGGACCGGGCUGAAGCCGGUACACUGGAGGUCGUUGGUCCGACCGCAAACUCCCAGGCCACUGCGCCUGAAACUAUACAGGUCGACUUUGACCUAACUGUCCCUGAAUCAACCGGGGACGCCCCUCCUGCUGAGGAGACAACUGCCCUGGGGCAGAGAACCAAGUCCCGAGAGGACAAAGGAAAGGGUGUCGAGGUCAGCGAGAAGAGGAUUGCUUCUGAGGCCGGUCUGCCUGAGGACGGCCCUCCUCGAAAAACCUUUUGCUGGACGAGGGAUGACCCAGAUCGUCCCGACCGAUUCUCCUUUCAGUACAUAGGAGACAAAUACCUGAUGAGAGAUCAGGAAGCCGCCAGCCAACUCUGGCGUAAUAUGACCCUUCCCGGGGAACAGGCGAUCUCGAACCCGGAUGAGCUGGUCUGCAGCGCAGAAUAUAAAAAGUUUGCUCGCUCCUCCUUUGAGACCAACGCAUUGGCCAACAACUUGGUCGCUUGGUAUGACCGGAAGCUUAAACUUAAGCUGGCGGACAGGGGCCACUUCAAGCAACUGAGCUCGGUCUUCGAGCGAGAGAAGAGCGAUCACGAGGAGCUCAGAAAGAAAUACGCUCGCCUGGAGGUGGAGUCCGAGACCCAUUCAGCUGAAGUCGCUUCGCUUAUAGAUGAGGUCGCCAGACUUGGCAGGCGCGAGGUUGAGCUCGCGGAGGAGGUUGCUAGGCUUGGAGAUCGGGAGAUUGCGCUUAUGGGGGAAGUCGCCAAGUUAGAAGCUGAUCUGGCCUUCUCGAGGGAUCACAAGGAGAAAGAGCUAACCAGGCUGCGGAACGACCGAUUUGCUAAGGUCAGCCGCACCACUCAGAAAGCUCAGGCUCGCCUUGACAAAGUUAAGGGCUAUCUGAAAGAGCAAGAGGAUGUCGUCCAGCCCAAGAUGGAUGCUCUGAAUCAAUCUAAGGGUGCUCAGGAGAUCGCGACAGUCCUCAUUAGCCGAGGUGCGGUCAUUUCAGAGAUCGAUCUGGAGAAUUUGGCCAAGGAAGCCAAGAUUGCUGAAGAGGAGGUUUAUGCUCUGAAUAUUAUAGAGCUCACAAAUACCGAUCUUAACAUGUCUCCUGAUCAACUCGGCUUUAGGCGCGCCCGAUCAUCUGCUCAGGUCACUCCUGUCCCUAACCAGCAUGGCUCGAACUCGGAGCUUGUCAGCCAGAGUGAUAUCCGCCACGUGACCGUUAAAGAGAAAGACCCUGAAUCCUAGAGAGCCUCGCCCCUAGGAAUGACUUUUGGAAUUGUUUCGACUGCGGCCCUACUUUCGGGGUGGUCUGAAUUUGAACCUUAAUCAGCCGUGGACUCACUUUCGGGGCGGCUUUUAGUUUUA